AUGGACCACGCUGUUGUCAACAAUGUGGUUGCUGCGUUGUUGGCUGGCAAUGGUGGUGAGGAGGAUGAGCCCAUGUCGAGAAGAGAUGCGGCACGGCUGGACCGGAGAAGGAAGCUUGGGGAGCAGCAGGGGAAGGAAGCAGAGGAUGCCGAUCGACUGCAGAAAGAGAGAGAUCAGGAAAGGGAGCGGCGGCAGAAGGAGGAGGCGGCUGCAGAGGCACAGAAGAUAGCGGAUGAGGAGGCAGCAAAGAAGGCGGCUGCAAAGGCGCAGAAGAUAGCAGAUGAGGAGGCGGCAAAGAAGGCGGCUGCAGAGGCGCAGAAGAUAGCGGAUGAGGAGGCAAAGAAGAAGGCGGCUGUAGAUGCACAAAAGAUUGCAGCAGAGGAGGCGAAGAAGAAGGCAACUGCUGAGAUGCAGAAGAUUGCGGCAGAAGAGGCGAGGAAGAAGGAGGCUGCAAAGGCGCAGAAGAAAGCUGAGGAGGCAAAGAAGAAGGCCGCCGCAGAGGCGCAGAAGAUAGAAGAGGCGAAGAAGAAGGAGGCUGCAAAGGCGCAGAAGAUAGCUGAGGAGGCGAAGAGGAAGGCCGCCGCAGAAGCGCAGAAGUUAGCAGAGGAGGAGGCGAAGAAGAAGGCGAUUGCUGAGGCGCAGAGGAUAGCGGAGGAGGCGAAGAGGAAGGAAGCAGAGGAAGCUGAACGCGUGCGAGAGCAGCGGCGAGCAGAGAAGUUGGCCAGAAUAGCGGCCUACGAGGAACAACAGAGGCUUCUGGAGGAGGAGGCAGAGCGUGAUCGGGCGGAGGCGGAACGUAAAGAGUGUCUACGGCAGGCAAUGGCCGAACAAAAGGAGCAUUUGGCGCGGGAGAUGGAAGAGGAAGAGGCGCCACGGUAG